UCUAAACGCAAAGAGAAAGAUGUCAGAAGCCGCUCCAGCUCCGGCUCCAGCCGCCGCCAAGGUUAAAGCGGUCAAGAAGAAGGUCGUGAAACCGAAGGCCGCCGGCCCCGGCGUCAGUGAGCUCAUCGUGAAAGCCGUGUCCGCGUCCAAGGAGCGCAGUGGCGCGUCAGUGUCCGCCCUCAAGAAGGCUCUGGCUGCCGGAGGCUACGAUGUGGAGAAGAACAACUCCCGCGUCAACACCACCAUCAAGAAGCUGGUGGUCAGCGGGACCCUGGUCCAGACCAGGGGAACCGGGGCCACGGGCUCGUUCAAGAUGAGCAAGAAGGUGGACACCAAGGUCCAGAAGGCGGUGAAGAAGGCCGCUCCCAAAGCGAAGAAGCCCGCCGCCAAGAAACCUGCAGUGGCUAAAAAGCCCAAGGCAGCCAAGAAGCCAGCAGCCGCUAAAAAGUCCCCGAAGAAGGUGACGAAACCAGCAGCGGCCAAGAAGGUGGCGAAGAGCCCGAAGAAGGUGGCGAAGAGCCCCAAGAAAGUGGCAAAGAGCCCCAAGAAGAUGGGGAAAAAGGCGCCUGCUGCAAAGAAAUCCCCCGCGAAGAGGGUCGCCAAGCCCAAAGCGAAGAAGACAGCAGCCAAGAAGAAGUGAGCUGUCCUCACUGCGAUACAUGUCCAUCCUGGUAAAAGGCUCUUUUAAGAGCCACACAAGUCUAUCCACAAAGAGCUGAGUCCUCAUCAUUCACCACCACUGUUAAGAAAUAUGUAGAGACAGAGUUCUUAGGUAUAGGGAGUCAAGUUGGUUAGACAAAUAUGAAAUGUCUUUCUGACAAUGUUAAGAUGUAGGAGUUAGUUCAUAUAAAAACGUCAAAUAGU